UAGGAUGAAAAAAUUUCUCUCUUUGUGGCGUUAAGAUGAGAUGGCUGAUGGGUUCACCCAGCUUCAACUGUUGCAAGGGAGGAAAUUUCUCUACUGUGUAAAACAAGGAAAUGCAUCACAAGUAGAAAAACUCUGCAGCAAUGGUGUACCUGGGCUCAUAAACUACAUAGUUAACCCAGAGGGAGAAGCAGGGAUUCAUGCAGCUGUUAAAAAUGCUGAUAUAGACAUGAUGUUAUUGUUGCUAAGUCUUGGAGCAAGUAUUGAUCGCAGAGAUAAUUUGGGCAGAACCUCUCUAAUGAUUGCUCUGGGUUACGGCUAUGACCAUGUCAUUGAUACUCUGCUGGAGGCUGAAGCUAAAUUCAAUGCGACUGAUAAGGAGGGCAGAUGUGUAACCUGGUACGCACUCAAACCUACACAGAGACACCUCCGGUGCUUGGAGAAAGUCUGCAAAGUUGGAGCUGAUGUUAAUGUUGUGAACAGCAGUACCAGCACCCUAUUAAUGAAAUGUGCUGGACAAGGCCUCACCGCCUCCGCUCAGAUACUCUUAAAACACCAAGCUGGCACUGAAAUCAUCAACGGUGAGAACCUGACUGCUCUGAUGAUUGCAGUGAAGGUAAAUAACGUAGAAAUGGUUGAGUUGCUGGUCAAGUCCGGAGCAAGCAUUGAUGUGGCGGACAGUGAAAAUCUCUCUCCAAUACAUUGGUGCUGUAAGUUAGGUUUCACUGGACUAUUAACCUUGUUACUGAAUCAUGGUGGCGAGCCAGAUAGCCUGACUAACACAGGAGAUACGCCACUUCAUUUGGCGGUACAAGGCAGACACACACUCGCUGUUAAAAUCCUUCUUAGUAGAGGGGUGCAAUGUGAGAUUCCUAACUACAGCGCAGUUACACCCCGUAACAUCGCCCACCAGCUCAAAGAUAAAGUUCUCAAGCGACUUCUGAGAAGGCACGAGAACGCAAUACACAAAGCAUGCGGGGAAGGUAAAAUCAGAGCAGGCAAGGACUACUGGAAACUUGUGCUGCUCAAGUGGAACAAGUCUAAUUGUGAGGCGUUUAUAAAGGAGUGUACCCUGUUUGACGCACUAGGAAAUGGGGAGGUUGCUCUGGAAACUUUCAUUAGUAUCGUUCGUAAACUCAAGACCCCGGUAUCAGAUAGACAGUUAGCAGAGGUACUCAAAUCAUGUGACUCUGGAAAAGUUAACUACACUGACUUCCUGUUAGGCCGGCUGUUUAUCAAGCUUAUAACAUACGAUAACUUUGCUCGCUGCAAGAAAAAGAAAAAAUCUGGUCGAAAGGGCGGCAGGGGGAAGAAGAAGAAGAUCCCGCUUCAUAUUGUAGUUGAGAAGACUAGAGUUUCUCCUUUUACUAGGAGCGAGGACGUAGUGGAAAAGAUGGAGCACUUUACGGACACAGCUAGGUUUCCCAGAGACUGUCCUCCCAAAACAUUUAUAGAAGAUGAUAGCUCCUGGUACAUGGCGCCUCCCUCUACAACCUACAUUAGGCUUCACAAAGCCGCGCAACUAGGCGAUCUCAAGACUAUCGAGGCAGCUUGUGAGGACCAAGUUGAUCUAAACCAGACCGACAAGUUCCUUAAAACCCCACUCAUGGUGGCAGCUGCUAACGGCAGAGCUCACAUUGCUCACAUUCUUCUCAGACAUGAUGGGGUGGAUGUAAAUAUGAAGGAUAAUUUCCAAUGGACGGCCCUGCACCAUGCUUGCCAUGCCAAUCAGCCUGACAUAGCUCAACUCCUGGUGGAACACAACGCAGAUUUUGACUCUCAGGCUCUCAACGGAGGUACCCCCCUUAUGAGAGCCGUAGAGAGUGGCAGUACUGAGAUAGUGAAAAUAUUGCUGGCUCGUGGAGCCAAGAUAAACCUCCGAACCAAGAACGAGAAGACAGCAUUGGAUAUAGCUUACGAGUGGGGCAACAGUGAAAUAAUCGACUUGAUUACCACUUCGAUAGCAGAACGGCAACUAACGAAGAAGAGGGGUAGGAGGAAGAGUGGUAAAGUGGGGGGCAGGCAGCCAGACAGUAGACAGUUGGACAGUGGGGCGAGCGCCCCCUUCCUAAAGAGUGCCCCCGAGGAGCGCAGCAAUGUGACAUUCUCUGCGGAGACCAAGCCCGGCACAGCUGAAGUUCCUCUCUCUAAGUCUGCUAUUGCCUUCAACUCUGGCCUCUCAGCACCUGACGGUAACUUCAGAUCUGCUUCAGCUCCUCCUGAUCUGAACAAAUCAGUACAUUCUCUGAGACGGAGAACUAACGCCUGGGCCCACAAACCUCCCACUACCGAGGACCUGCUCAACUAUAAGGUGGAGCAACGGAAACGCUUCGGAUUUGAGGUGGCAGACUUUAAGAAACCAAGAUCUCCCUUUACCAGUGUCAUCGAGGAUAAAAUGAGGCCUUAUAUUCUGGUGAGCUCCCAGGGUGGCAGGCCUAAAUCCUCCGUGGCCAGUACCGGAUAAGAUUUUAAAUUGUUGGUAUGUUAUCUGAUUGUGAUUGUAUCUGCAGUGAAGUACCUCGACACAGCGCAUAUCUGUGAUAUUUAACUUUACAGCUGUGGAGUGUAGGGGCUAAACAAUACUGCAUACUUUAGGGGUGACUGUUAAAUUAACUUUGAUUUAUUUGAUUCACUAACAAUGCACAGGGAGGUUUUUUAAAAAGUAUGAAGACAUAUUUCAGGGUAUCUAACUAGGAGCGAUAAUUGACAUACUUGAUGUAAAACUUGUUAAAUAAACCCUAUUUGUGAGCCUAAAGAAUGUUUUAGCCGAGAUAACGUCAUCUUGAAUAGUGCGUUUGCAAAAAUGCCAAUUUCAAAUGAUUUUAUCCAACAUCUUAGCCACAUUUCGGACACACUAAGUAAAUAGCAAAGUGAAUAAAGUUGGCAGCCCCAAAAUAACUUUAAUAAUCUGUGGUAUCGUAUUUAUUUCUGGGUUAUAUAAUUUUUGUUAAAUAACGUGUGUUUUGGUAAUUUUAUUAAUGCACAAAGUGAUCAUGGCGUACGUGUGUACUUUGUUAACAAAGAAGAUACAUUUUAUAUUGUAAUAUAAAGCUCUGGACCAAUGCAUUGUUGAUAUAAUUGAACAUUUUAGAUUAUGAUAAAAA